CUGUUUUUGAAAGCCAAGGCAUCUGUUUGCUUCAGGUUACAUUGUUUAUGCUGGGAAGUUAAUCACAAAAUGAAAAUGUUCCUCACUGUGUUGAUCCAGUUGAUGUAGGAGUUGACUUGUGUAAAGACAGUGGGCUUCUGGAAGACGUUGCAGCCCUGACCAGAUCCGAAACUCACCACACCAUGGACAUCCCAGGAGCCAUCAGGGUUCUGGCAACUCAGAGGGCCACCAGUCUCCCUGCAGGUCAGCACACACUGUUGGAUGACCCUUGGAUGAACUCACAUUAUAUCCAGCAGUGAUGCCAUCACCUCCGGCACAAACCAUCUUGUCUGUUGCCAGGACGCUCCACCAGUCUGGCUGUGAGCAGGUAUCAUGGCCAACCACUGGCAGCCAGCCGCAGGAUGUCAGGCAGAGGUCCGCUGGCUAUGGGGAAGACACAAGAAACAAGAAUUUGCUUUGAGGGAGGGUCACUCGGUGGGACAGACUUACGUUGCAACCAGACACAACUCCAUCUCCACCUGCGCAGACCAUGGUGUCCUUCACCUGAAAGCUCCACCAGUCAGGCUGGGAGCAGGUAGCGAAGUCCACCACGGGCAGGAGAGCCUGCUGCAGGUUGUCAGCAAUGGGACCUCCGGCUGUGUGGCGGAGAGAUGCACACUAUCUCAGCCUACGGGUGUGGCCUGCCCACCUAUCGCCCUGUAAUCACCAGGGUGGUUGGUGGAGUUGAUGUCCGUGAGAACAGCUGGCCCUGGCAGGUGUCUCUGCAGUACAAGAGUGGCAGCAACUUCUACCACACCUGUGGUGGUACCUUGAUCUCCAACCAGUGGGUCCUCACUGCUGCUCACUGCAUCAGCAGUCGCACCUACAGAGUCUACCUGGGAAAACACAAUCUCAAAACCAACAAUGAGCCUGGUUCCAUCGCCAUCAGCCCCGCCAAGAUUGUCGUCCACGAGAACUGGGACUCUUACAAUAUCCGUAACGACAUUGCCCUGAUCAAGCUGUCAACCCCUGUCACGUUCUCUGAUUCCAUCAUGGCUGCCUGUCUUCCCAACUCUGGUGACAUCCUGCCUAAUGCUGCUCCCUGCUACGUCACUGGCUGGGGCCGUCUCUGGACUGGAGGUCCUAUUGCUGACAUCCUGCAGCAGGCACUCCUUCCUGUGGUUGGCCAUUCCACCUGCACCAGGUCUGACUGGUGGGGCAACCUGGUCACCAACAGCAUGGUCUGUGCUGGAGGAGAUGGAAAGCUGGCUAGCUGCAACGGAGACUCUGGCGGUCCUCUCAACUGUCAGAACCCUGAUGGCUCGUGGGACGUCCACGGUGUGGUGAGUUUCGGCUCAAGCAUGGGCUGCAACUACCCCAAGAAACCCUCCGUCUUCACUAGGGUCAGCGCCUACAUCCCCUGGAUCAACAACGUGAUGACCACGAACUAAGAUGCGGAUUAGUUUGUGUCAUUGUUGGUUGUUGCACUUGAGCGUCAAAUAAAGAAUGUUGUGGCUUA